CAGCACACUGUGUGCGAUCCACCAGCGCCAGGCGUAUGGGUAGGCUGGAAGAUAGAAGAUGCUCAUGGUUUUAAUUCUACUCGUCAGUGUCUUUAUUCGGCUCAUUUCACUUACGACUGGAGUGUCUUCUUGACUCCAAUGAAGUGUCUGCAGUGGCUGCUACUAAUGUAAUGGUUGCUUCAAGUAUGAAGAUCAAGGCUACUACUCUCUUAUUGCACAUCUUUGAAGAUCAAGGCACUACUGUCACUACUGUCGAGCUAAACGUUCGAUAGGCUUCUGUCGUAGGAUUUGAAAGAGACACCCAAAAUCGAAGCUCUAAUUGAUCGUGUAUGGAGGGAGUAAAGGAGCGAUCGUUGCUAACGGUAACGGUCCCCCACAAUGAUCCGCUCUCAGUGAACGAUCGUCUGUGGAUGCGGAAGCUGCUCGAUGUCGUCGUACACGAUGUAUGCGAUUGCUGUACUGCUUGGUUGGCUAGCAACCACGAUCGGCGCACUUGAUGAUGGGAAGUUUGAUGAAUCCAACAGCACAGAUACAAGCGUUGCAGUUUCCGGUCGUGGACAUCAUGAAGAUUUUAAUGAGUAUGGAUUUCCCGAGCUUGUGUUUGGAUCGCAUGCGGCCGCUAUUGCAGCGUUUACGUACUAUAUUGUGAUUUUCUUCAAAACCUACCUCCUCAUCCAUCUUGGGCUUGUCCGGCAAAGGGAGGCAGAACAGCAGUGGAGUGCGCGGCAUUCUGGAGCUGGAAAUGAUCGAUAUCCAUCGUUGGAUCAUUUAUUUGAAUAGAUUCGUGAUGUCUUAUAU